CAAACAAGAGCAGGCUCUCCACUGUUCCUCCAGCACUCGCCCUGUUGCUCCUGUUUUCACAUCAUGCCAGUGUUCCCGUGGCUUCUUUUGACAUUUUUCCGUGGUACACUGGCAGGUCCGGUUCAGCGCGCGGCAUGGUCUGAAUGGGGAAAUCCGGUAAAGACAAAACAGGAUGGAGUCCCGCGCCCUCCAUUCUACCAUCUGCCCGUGUUCUUACAGGCACCAGGGCCACUUGUGGCACGAGACCUGUUUCGACCGGGACUUCAUAAAAGACCGCUUCCCGCCGGAUUGACUUCGCUGCUGUUACCACCAACACAACAACACCAGAGCGUCCGAGGGACAGGUGCUCGUGCUGUGGAAGUCUGGUGUGGUAUUGAUAAAAUCUCUGUGCGCAUGGACCGCCUUCAGCUGCGUGCUUGGACCGUGCCAUCCCUGUUCCGACUGGGCUCAUGCGAAGCCAGCAGAAUCAGCCCCCGCUUCCUGUAUUUUCACUACAAACUGACAGAUUGUGAUGGAGAAUCUAAGGUUGUUGGUGGUCAGCUGAUGUAUACCUUUUCACUGUACUAUACUCCACCUCCACAAGGCUACGUCAUCAGAGUUCUACCACUUAACCUCCCCGUCCACUGCCAUUACAACAGGUUUCAUUACUCUUACCAAGUUGGCUUCAGACCUCACGUUCUGCACUCGACCUUUAUGAAGAACAUCAGGAGUAAACUCAGCUUCAGCCUCUCUGUUUGCAAUGCCAAGUGGGAGCCCCUUCCUUCAGGCCACUGGUUCUUUUUGGGGGAUCCGGUGUAUUUUGUGGCCCAGACAGGAGCUUUAUUGGCUGGGGAGAGGCUUUACGUUGACUCAUGCUAUGCCACAAGCUCCACAGACCCAAACUCUGUGCCCAAAGUGGAUAUUAUUUCUAACUAUGGCUGCAUGACAGACAGCAGGAGGGAAGGCAGCAGCUCCAGGUUCCUGAUGGGAGAACGCAGAGUGUUAAAGUUCUAUGUGGAUGCAUUUUUCAUCGGAGCAGUCUCUCAAGUGCUGUACCUCCACUGUUCAAUGUCAGUCGGUCUCACCACUACCCACAACUCAAAGUCGUGCAACUUCAACAAGGCUGCUGGAAGGUGGGAGGAGCUGGAAGCCCCACCCCCAGUAUGCUCCUGCUGCGAUUCCACGUGUACUAACAUACAGGAUACUAUGAAGAACACAGUCAGUAGUCCAGGCUGGUUCAUUGGACAAAAGGACGAAGAGAAAUCAAGGAUGAGGGCGGUGUCUUUCCAAGCAGAGGAGGGAAGAGAAUUGUUUGAUCAAGAAGAGAGAAGGGAAAAUAGUAUAGAUGAGCACCUUAAAAAUGUCCAGACCUUUCCACAGGAGUCAGAGAUUGGACAUGAGGAGGAAAAAGUAGAAGCCAUUCCUGAGAAGCCUUCCGUGCUCCUUGUUGCCAGAAAAAAAUGGAGGCACGGUGUUGCUGUCAGCCAGCAAGGAAAGAAAGAAAAGGAGGAAGGUGAGACAGAAGAGGUAGUGAAGGAAAAGGUAGACAGCCAGCAGAAAGAAAUAAAAAUGGAUGACAUCAGUAUUUCUGACCAGACAAAACAAGAGGGAAAUGAGACGUUUCAGGCCAGGGAGGAGGUCUCUAGCACCAAAAAUGGCUCAGAGAAUGGUUUAUCCAGUGAGAACAGAAGCACUAAUGCUUUAAGACAUGAUUUUGGUACCACCACUAUUACAAGAAAUUCCAGUUUUGGUAUUUAUUCUGAUAAUGGAAGUAAUCAUGGUUUUGCUGAAAAUAUUUCUACCACUGUAAUUCCUAUGAUUAAACCUUGUACUGAUGGUGAUAAAAUGAGUUGUAGUGCCACCAACAGUACAAUCAGUGUUUGGGAUUCAAGAGUUCAUGAGAGUCUGCAUGGCAAUAGACUUGAGCCAUUAUCUGCCAGCAGUAACAUUGAAAUUGACUAUGCUGGUUUUCCUGAUAUCAGAAAGUCAAGAAAGAGCAGACUGGAGUCAGAUACGUCUGACACACUCCCGUGGUCAAAACAGGUCAAGUCUGCUAAUAACUCAGUGGACACCAAGUCCAACAGGAUACCAGGACAAUCAGGCAUUAGCAGUAAAGGACCACAUGGAGGAGGAGAUGAUGAUGAUGAUGAUGAUGAUGAUGAUGAUGAUAUGCUUCACAGUCUACAGAUCAGAGGGUUGGAAUCAGGCUGGUCUGCUCACCCAGCUGCAUCCAGGGAUCCAAUCUGUAUAGAUAAGUUAAUUUGUGAGUCUGAUUUUGAUUCUGGAAAUGAAGGUGAAGCUCUUCAUCGGAGUCAGUUAACUGGAGCAGCAAAGACAAAUAAGGAAGUACAAGAAGUUCCUGGUAACAUUACAAGACUACACAGUUCUGAUUCUGUUAGUUCAGAGCAAAUGCAUCAAGACAGCCCCAGUCAUUCUGCUGUGGUGGCAGUUACUACAACUCUGCAUGGCUCUGACAGCAGUCAGAUGUCUGUCAGGGAUUCAGCUGAGUCAGGAUGGGGCCUGCAGAUUUUGGGGUUUGUGGCGGAGCAGCCAAAUGAGUUGAAACAGGAGGCAAUGGAUACUUCUAACAAGAGAUAAGAUUACUAGACUUAUACUUAGAAAUUUUUUGUUUUGUGUUUGAGAAAUAGAUUGAAAUACUUGUACUGCGAUCCAAUUCAAUGGCCUGUCAAAACAUUAAGCUUAUCAAAUACAUUUUUUGACUUCAUAUGCUGCGCUGUUGUAUUGGAAUGUGUUGUACAGGUGUUUUUAUUGAGGUAUGUCAAUGUAGCUAAGGGAAAGGGAGCCAGAUGAGAUGAGAUGAGGUUAAGGCGUAGUGGGGUCAUGAGUUGAAUUUGUACAAAAUCUGGACCUAGGGCAGAUAUUCAGGCAAACCUUAUCAGGACUAGAGCCGACUAAAUAGUUUCAUAACCUGGUGUUCACCUGGCUGUAUCCAUGUUGACAAAUAAACUCCUCUGACCAAGCCUUUA